AUGUCUCUCGAUCUGGAAAAGCAGUUGUGCUUCUAUGGCGCAUACCACCACAACACCGUCAAUAUUGGCAUUCAUAUGGCAUGCGUGCCUUUGAUUCUAGCGACCAGCUUACUCCUUGCAACAAACUCUCCCAAUUUGAUCCCUCUGCCAGAAUGGCUUACGAUCCCUUACCUACCUCCCAACGCCGGCACUAUCGGCGCCGUUCUCUACAGUGGAUUCUACAUGCUUCUUGAGCCUUUCGCAGGAACGUGUCUCCUUCCUAUUAUCAUCUCCUGGACUGCAUAUGCCAAUCACCUCACUACGGCACACACAUCAAGUGCCAAUCAAUUCGCGAUCGCGGUCUUUAUUGUCUCCUGGAUCUUACAAUUUGUUGGGCAUGGUGUCUACGAAGGAAGAGCCCCAGCACUUCUCGAUAAUCUCCUACAAGCUUUGGUCUUGGCACCCUUCUUUGUCUUCAUGGAGUUCUUAUUCAAGGUCUUUGGGUACAGACCCGAGCUUCAGAAGAGGGUUAAUCUCGCGGUGGAGAAGGAGAUCAAGAAGUUCAAGGCCGAGAAGCCUAACGGAGCAGUCAAGAACGGCAAAGCACAGUAA